AUGUCUUCCCAAUUUCUUCAGCCUCUCACACCUCCCCAGAAGGCCAACAAGAAGGAUCCAAAUGCUAACGAGUACACUCCACGUACUGCGCAGGCUGUCCGGUUCAGCAUGCAAAUACCUAUCUGGCAGAUUGAAGUGUCUCAUAUACCAAAGAAACAGCCACGUCACGGAACCACAGAGUCACCAGAUAUGAGGCCACUGAAUAGGCUCACCCGGUUAGAGAAGGAUGGAUGGACAUGUCUUGGAACAACACCUACAGCAAAUGUGUACAGGCUGUUCCAGGAUUUUGAGAAUGACUACUCACCUCAGGAGUACAAGAUCUCCAGUGGUCUCAUCUCUAUGCAGUUCUUUGGUCAUCCUUGUGAUCGGCCUAAGGACAUACGUGCUCGCUCCUUUCUUCUUGAAUGGGCAACUCAGGAUCGCAAAGUUCCAUCAAAUUGCAAUGCUGAAGCACCUCCUGCAGAAUCAGAUGAGGAUGUGAGUGAAGAAGAGGAGGAGGAGGAGGAGGAUGAGAGCAAUUCAGAGGAUGAGAGUGAGAAUAAUCAAGAGGAAAGUAAAGGUGUGGAUAAGCAGCUCAGAGGAAAGUGUGUCAGGAAGAAGCAAAGUCCAAAGGCAAGCAGCUGCCCUAGAAAGGUCAAGAUUCAUGUUGAGGUCAUGACAAAUGAUCUUUCAAAUGCUAUGGUCUGGCAACAAACAUCUUAG